AUGCCUAGUUGUCUUGUAUGUGGAAGAACAGAGAAUCUAAAUUCUAAAUCUGCUAAUAUAUCUUUUCACAGGUUUCCUACUAAAGAUAAUAUUAGAGAAAAGUGGGAUAAUUUUUUAGUAGAAAACUAUCUAAAUCCAAAAGACGUGACCAAAUAUAGUGUAAUUUGUUCAUUACAUUUUGAGAAAUCAUGUUUUGUAAUGAAACAACAUAGAAAGUUAUUAUACAAACAUGUAUUUCCAUCAAUUGUUGUCGGUCGAAUAAAAUAUGCAAAACAAUCUUUUACUGAAACUACUAAAACUGUACCAGUAACAGUACCUGAAACAAUAAAUAAAAAAAAUGAUAUUUUACAUUUUGAUAAAACUCUUGUUAAGGUAUCUUCAAUAAGUGAUGUGGAAUUAGGUGUGUUUCCUUUGGAUGAAACAUCUACUUUGUCAAAACCAAAAGACUGUCACGAACACAAAUCAAUCACAAUGGGUUUUAAAUUUUUAGAAGUAAUUAAACCUUUCUGCAGUAUAUUGCCAGAAAUUGCUAAACCUGAACGUAAAAUUCAAUUCAGAGAAAAAGUAUUAUGGACUGCCAUUACUUUAUUCAUUUUUUUGGUUUGCUGUCAAAUACCUCUGUUUGGAAUUAUGAGUUCAGACUCAGCUGAUCCUUUUUAUUGGAUUCGUGUAAUUUUGGCUUCAAAUCGAGGUACUUUAAUGGAACUUGGAAUUUCACCAAUUGUAACUUCUGGGCUUAUUAUGCAAUUGUUGGCUGGAGCUAAAAUCAUUGAAGUUGGUGAUACUCCUAAAGAUCGUGCAUUAUUUAAUGGCGCACAAAAACUGUUUGGUAUGGUUAUUACUGUUGGACAAGCAAUUGUUUAUGUUAUGACUGGUAUGUAUGGUGAUCCCAGUGAAAUUGGAGCUGGCGUAUGCUUGUUAAUCAUCAUUCAGUUGUUUGUGGCUGGAUUAAUUGUCUUGUUAUUGGACGAACUUUUGCAAAAAGGAUAUGGGUUAGGUUCGGGAAUAUCACUUUUCAUUGCUACCAACAUUUGUGAAACGAUAGUCUGGAAAGCUUUCAGUCCAACAACUGUUAAUACAGGUCGAGGUACUGAAUUUGAAGGAGCUGUUAUAGCCUUGUUCCAUUUAUUGGCUACAAGACAAGAUAAGGUUAGAGCACUCAGAGAAGCCUUUUAUAGACAAAACUUACCGAAUUUGAUGAAUUUAUUGGCAACUGUAUUGGUGUUUGCUAUUGUAAUAUAUUUCCAAGGUUUCCGAGUUGAUCUACCAAUUAAGUCUGCCAGGUAUCGUGGACAAUAUAGCAGCUAUCCAAUCAAGUUGUUCUAUACAUCAAACAUUCCUAUCAUUUUACAAUCUGCUCUUGUAUCAAAUUUAUAUGUUAUAUCUCAGAUGUUGGCUGUAAAAUUCCAUGGUAACAUAUUAGUGAAUUUAUUGGGUGUUUGGGCUGAUGUUGGUGGUGGUGGACCAGCACGAGCAUAUCCAGUUGGCGGUUUGUGCUAUUAUUUAUCUCCACCAGAAAAUCUAUCUCAUAUUGCAGAAGAUCCUAUCCACGCUAUUCUCUAUAUUGUAUUUAUGUUGGGAUCAUGUGCAUUCUUUUCCAAAACUUGGAUUGAAGUCUCUGGAUCAUCCGCUAAAGAUGUUGCAAAACAAUUAAAAGAACAACAAAUGGUUAUGCGUGGUCACAGGGAUAACUCUAUGAUUCAUGAAUUGAACCGUUAUAUACCUACUGCUGCAGCGUUUGGAGGGCUUUGUAUUGGUGCAUUAUCUGUGUUGGCUGACUUCAUGGGUGCCAUUGGAUCGGGCACUGGUAUCCUGUUAGCUGUUACUAUUAUAUACCAGUAUUUUGAAAUAUUUGUUAAAGAACAAAGUGAAAUGGGUGGUAUGAGCACCUUGUUGUUCUAA